AUGAGUCAACCUUUAUAUCGCAACGGCAAAAACAGGAGUAGCACACCCAACUACGGCUCGGUUUCUGGGAAAAAGUCAAGUCUUUCCAGUUCCAUUGAAGAAGGGCAGCCACUGAUUGCCCAUUCCCCUUCGUCCGAUGCUUCCAGUGAGAAUCUCCCAUAUCCAAAGGCUACGGAUGAGCAACGGGAACUCUUGCUGCUGAUUGAAAGUGAAAUAAAAUUUGCUCGACAAUCCAAAUUUCACAUUGUUUUGCCUAGGUUGACUGAAAAGAGAGUCCAGAAACUGAGAACCAAGAUCAAUCGUGUUAAUACAACUUUCACUUUGGAUACCACUGGGUGUGAUGGCUUUGUCUUUAGCUUUCUGCGGAGCACCCUUUUCUAUCUUUUUCUGACGCUUCUGGUGACAAUUAUCGUGCUGAUUGGCAUUGACAAAUGGAAUUUUGGACUGUUCAAUACGGAUGAUGCUUUCAAAACUUUUAUACAGGAAGGCUUUCCAUUCGUGACUGUCAUGUUUAGCGUCAUUGCUUGUGUGGGCCCAACGAUGCACCGAUUGACACCCUUUUCACAAGAAGUCGGAUCCUAUGCAAGUCCUUCCUCACUCAAGGAAGCAGCAAAGGAAGGCAUCGAGGAUAUGGUCGUCAUGAUAUCCUCUAGAGUGGACAAUGUCAAUGCCAAGCUCACUAGUGUCCUGGACCAUAUGAGACACGUCUCGGAUCGGGCCUAUCGAUUUCAGUACAAAAUACGCCUAGUGGAUCCUGAGGUACUGGACCGACAUGACGUUUUGAACAAUCCAUAUCUCGAUGCAGAGCGCGAGAUUCAAAAUGCCAAAGAAGAAAUCCAUGCCAAGAUGCUGACAUUUGAACAAGACAUCAGUUUCGAUGUUGCAUCAUGGAUACCAUCCUAUCUAUCUUCGCCGAGGAAGUUUUUCAAGGUGGACAUGUUUGGUCACAUGGUGUUGUUGCUUUUGCUUCAUUUGGUAGGCAUCCUAUCUGCGAUCGCCAUCGUGGAAAGCCGAGUGUCAAUGGAUAUCCAAGUUCAGUUUCUUUCCACGAUGAUGUCCUACCUCGCAAUGAUACCAUACUUUGAAGAGCUAAGCCAACGUUUGACGCCAUUUAUCAUUUGUUGGAUCUCUGCUCUCUUGUUGGAGUCCUACUUGAUCUCGAGCUUCUUUUUGACGAACAUCUAUUUUUCCAAAUCAUCUUGUUCAAGGACGGUUUCCGUCAUAAACGAUUUACGGUCUGUGAUUACAUCUCACACCAACUGGUUGUUGAUGCAAAAUGGAGUCAUAUUUUUGUCUCACGACAUUUUGGAAGUCCGAAUGAAUCAGCUUCGUCUCAAGGUGAUUGAGUUGGUGGAGCAGAAUCAUAAUCUUUGCUCCGCUUUGAGCUUGGCCGAUAUUGAUGAUUCUUCGAUGUCAGGCGAAGAAGGAGACGACAAGGUUCUCACAAAUUUCCCCUUCCAAUCGCCGACGGCGGCGGCAAGCGUGUACAGUCACAUUUCCAAGAAAAACAGCAUGACGCCUGGAAGUGUCGUAAGCUAUCAACCGUCCAUUGAUCCUCCAGAAGAUAAGCCGACUUCAUCGACGCGUCCCCCAGCAUCCGAUAGUCCACCGCAAUCGGAGCCUGUAGAGUGA